AUGCUAACUACAACUAACAAUUCACCGCAACAUAAAAGAAUGAUUAAAAUGAGAAAUAAUUGGAAAAAUGAUUCUGCAUCAGCUGAUAUUCAUCGAAUAUAUGAAUCAAACGAGAAUGUUGUCAAGAUUAAAAUAGCCCAAAAGUUACAUUUGGAAUUAAUGAAAUGUGCUAAAAAUAUUAACAAUGCUUACAGCCGAAGAAAUAUAAAUGCAAUAAUUAGUUUAUCUUAUUGGAUUUUUAUAUAUAUGUUUAAGAUCAUUAUGAUUAGUCAUCUAUGUGCAACAACUAGUGCUGAAGCGUCAAAUAUCGGAGAUAUCAUUUGUGAAUUAUAUAUACCAACAACUAGCAAGGAAUUUCGUACUGAGAUCAGUGAUUUUACUUUACAACUUAUACAAAACCCAUUGUCAUUUACAUGCUGUGGAUUUUUUCAACUCAAUCAUACAUUGAUAAGCAAAGUAAUCGUUUCAGUAACAACAUAUCUCGUUAUUUUAAUACAAGUUGGCAACCUACCACCACAAGUUUUUAAUGACGAUUUGAUUUCUUAA